CGCAACAGUGUUGCUUUUCAUAUCCUUGUUAAUUAAUUUGCGUACAAAAACAAAUUGCGAAGCAAUGGCAAGCAAAUUCUUGAGCCUCAUCUCCCUUCUGGCUUUGGCCGGCUCCAGCUUGGCUGGCGUUACCACUUACGCUUACAAUCCCUACGCCGCCUACCAUCAUCUGCCCGCUGCCGUGACCACUUAUGCUAGCCCCGGCCACCAGGUGUUGUACCACCACGCCGCACCAGCUGCCGCCGUCUACCACCACUCACCAGUGCUCACCAAGUCAUAUGUCGCACCAGCGCCCGUUGUUGCUCAUGCAGCACCAGUUGUGAAGACCGUUGCCGCUGCCGCGCCCAUUGUACCAGUAGCAGCUGCCGCCCCUGUUGUAGCCAAAACCGUUGUCGCUCCCAUUGUUAAGCAAGUCGAAGUUGAGUCUGAGCCACGUUAUGACUUCUCAUAUGGCGUACACGAUUCGUUGACCGGCGAUAUCAAGAGUCAGGUGGAGUCGCGUAAUGGUGGUAAUGUUGCCGGCUCGUACAGCGUGAUUGAUGCCGAUGGCUACAAGCGUACCGUUACCUACACCGCUGACGAUUUGAAUGGUUUCAAUGCUGUUGUGCAGCGUGAACCAUUGGUUAAAUCUGCUGUUGUUGCGGCCGCACCCGCAGUGCAGCAGGUUGUCGCUGCUCAUCCCGUUGUGCCGGUACAACAGCAACAAUAUUUGCAAUAUUUGCCACAACAACAGCAACAAAUUGUACAACAAGUUGAACAACAACAACAAGUCGAAGAACAACCCAUCGCCGAGCCAGUACCAGUCGAAUAUCCCGAACAACAGCAACCAGCAGAGAUUGAACAGCAGCAACCCCAAGAGCCACAAUACCCUCAGGACCAACACUUCCCACCCUACCCUCAAGCUGAAGGCGAUGACUCCGAUGUUGUGGAUGUACGUUCUGCCAACAACGAUGCGGAACCCUCCAGCACAACAGCUGCAGCACCAGUGACGGAAGCGGCGAAAGAAGCUUAAACGGAGCUAAAUGUGAUUUCUUGUGUGAUUUGCUAAGAUUUUAUUUUUUCCUCGCCUCGCACGGAAAACUUGAAAUAUGAAGAUAAACGCAUUGUUAGACGGUUUAAAGAUUUAAAUUAAU